AAGCAGUGAAAUCGUCAUAUUAUUCGUCAAAAUUUUGAAGGCCCGGACGGCGGAUCACAGGAAGACUCUAGCCCGCGCUAGAGGGCUGAUCUCCGGUCCAGCCUCAAACGGAUGCUCGUUUAGCUGUAGCUAUACUGUUUCGUUGCGGGACCCUAUAACAGCUAAAACCAGAGACUAUGUCUCACACAGGACCACCUCCUCGGUGGCGGAAUUGUCCAAGAAGAGGACAACCUGUAGCUGGUAAAUUCUUGCCAAUGAAAACGAUGUUAGGCCCAAAGUAUGAUGACAAAGUUCCCGAAGAGAAUAGGUUUCAUCCAAGUAUGCUGUCCAACUAUUUAAAGAGCUUGAAGGUCAAAAUGGGGUUGCUUGUUGACUUGACAAACACCACCCGUUUUUAUGAUCGGACAGAAAUUGAAAAAGAAGGGAUCAAAUAUGUGAAGAUGCAGUGCAAAGGCCAUGGUGAAUGCCCCACUGUAGAAACUACAGAGAUGUUCAUCAGACUGUGUGAGCACUUCAUCGAGAAGUCUCCCACUGAACUUAUAGGUGUCCAUUGCACCCACGGCUUCAAUAGGACAGGCUUUUUGAUCUGUGCCUACCUGGUGGAGAAGAUGGACUGGAGCAUCGAGGCGGCUGUGGCGGCAUUUGCUAAGGCACGAGCUCCUGGCAUCUACAAGGGCGAAUACCUGAAGGAGCUGUUCCGACGCUACGGCGACGUAGAGGACACGCCCCCAGCGCCCGCGCUUCCUGAUUGGUGCUUCGAUGACGACGACGGCGAAGUAGACGACGACGGCAACGUGAUUGGCCAGGAGUCUGGUCCCAGUUCUUCAGGCUCCAACACAGGGAAGAGAAGGAAAGAAAAACUAAAACUGGGUGCAGUGUUUCUAGAAGGGGUGUCAGUGAAGGGAGUCACUCAGGUCACCACACAGCCAAAGCUGGGAGAGAUACAGAGGAAGUGCCAACAGUUUGCUGAAUGGGAAAAGUCGGGAUUUCCAGGAGCUCAGCCUGUGUCCAUGGACAGGAGGAACAUUCAUUUUUUAGAACAGAACGCGUACAAGGUCAGCUGGAAGGCUGACGGCACACGUUAUAUGAUGCUGAUCGACGGGAAAAAUGAGGUUUACAUGAUUGACAGAGACAACAGCGUCUUCCAUAUAGCCAAUCUGGAGUUUCCCUUCCGGAAGGAUCUACGUGAACACCUCUCCAACACAUUACUUGAUGGUGAGAUGAUUAUCGACAAGGUUAACGGACAGCCAGUACCACGUUACCUGAUUUAUGACAUCGUCAAAUUCAAAGGUCAGCCCGUGGGCCAGUGCGAUUUUAACAUGAGGUUGAUGUGCAUCGAGAAGGAGAUCAUCUUCCCUCGUAUGGAGAAGAUGAAAAUGGGACAGAUAGACAAAUCCAAGGAGCCUUUCAGCGUCAGAAACAAGCCGUUCUUCGACAUCCACGCGGCGCGAAAGCUACUGGAGGGAAGUUUCAGUUCCCAGGUCAGUCACGAAGUGGACGGCCUUAUCUUCCAGCCUACUGGGAAAUACAGGCCAGGCAGGUGUGAUGACAUCCUGAAGUGGAAACCACCCAGUCAGAACUCUGUGGAUUUCCGUCUGAAGAUCACCAAGGUCGGAGGAGAAGGGCUGAUCCCGCAGACGGUUGGACUGCUUUAUGUUGGAAACUAUGACAUGCCCUUUGCACAGAUGAAGGUGACGAAGGACCUUAAACAGUACGACAAUAAGAUCAUUGAGUGCACGUUUGUCAAUAACACGUGGGUGUUUAUGAGACAACGGAUAGACAAGAGUUUUCCCAACUCCUAUGACACAGCAAUGGCUGUGUGUAAUAGCAUCCAGCAUCCCGUCACUAAGGAAAUCCUCUUUGAGUUUCUGGACAGAUGUGCCCAGACGCAGGCACGCAAACACCCGCCCGACCCGGACGCCGAACUUAUGCCCCCUCCGCCUCCAAAGAGACCCAACCGGGCCAUACCGUAGCUGGCUUCAUUCAGGGGUGGUGGGAAACACAGUGAGUU